GUUGAGCGGUCUGACAUGCUACACGAUUUGGGUCAUCCGAGGGGCUUUAAAGAUGGCGGCGCCCAGUUCUGCACGCCUUCGAAGCUCUGCUGUGAAGCAAACGGCUUUCCUGGGCGCGAACCAACCGCACGAAGACGGGACAGCACCGAUAUUCUCACACACUGUUUUCCGAGAAAUCCUUGCAUCAUGCAGAUUCACAAGAACGGUGCCAAUGCCGGUGUGAGCAACCAACAACACGAUAUGGACGGUCGCGAGCCCUCGGCUAUCCGGCGCUACCAGAACCGCCAACCUGUACAGCAGGACCCAACCAGCAAGGAUGCCAAUACUCCAGUGCAGAUACGCAAUGGCAACAGUGGAAAAGAAGAGCCAAAAGAAGACCAUGGUGCUUGGGGACCAAUCUUCAAGGAUCGGGACCACUUUGUGGAAAUGCACAUCUGUUAGUUCCACCCAGAUAACAGUGAACACCAGGGCCAGACAUGUGCUCAGCACAGUCAGCAUCUUCUGAGAGACCAAAUCACACCUGUCCACUGUCCAUUCUUCUAAACUGAGUUGACUCAAGCAAUACACCUAGGCUAGAUCUGCUCAGUUUAGUUUCUUAAUCUCAUUCAAACCAAACUGCAUGAUCAGGAGAUUUCUUAUUCUUAGGCCAUUUUUGUGGUCUGGAUCUGUUCUUGAUAAUGCCAACACCUUGACAAGGAAAGGAAGUAUUGAGAAAGUUUGGACUUGGUAGAGAAGAGUUUGUGACAGUUGUGUUGAUUGGACAGGAGCUAGAUGCUGAUUGGUUGGUGUAGCUGAGCACGUGAUUGGUCCUGGUGGAUCAUGUGGUGUUGUGGGAAAACUGGUGACCCAGAUGGUGAUAAGGUUAGAACUGUAGCCAUAUUAUAAGUGUAAUGGUAUGUGAUUUUUAUUGUACUCAAACUUGUGAAGUCUCCCAUUUUAGUGGACUCUUCCACAGCUUUAAUUCAUAUUAGCACAAAAAGUGGCCAUAUAACGCCUUUUGACUCUGAAACUAGAUACAUAAACAGUAACUGAAAAUAUUUCCUGAAAAAGUGUGCAAAGAUACCUGUGUUAAUUCCUAUAAAACUUAUCUUAUAUCUGUAAUCAUGAAGCUAGUACUGUUCUAAGACAGAUUACUCCAGAAACAAUGUUGUCCAUAACUCGGUUCGCACAAUUUUUAUCUGUCACCCGAUUCAGGGUUAGCAAAGGUAAAAAAAACCCUUAGCUUUGUUUUUAACCAGACGUAUUUCAAAACAUAAUAAAGCUCAUGUCAAACUCUUA